AUGGUGUUAAAAAAAUGCUCCAUCUGUUCGCGGGUGUUCAAAAAAACCGAACACUAUAAGAGACAUGAACGGUCGCACACCAAGGAACGCCCAUAUGAAUGCAAUAUCUGCCAUAAACAUUUCUCUCGAAGCGAUGUCUUGAGCCGACAUGCCAAAGGCCAUAAUCAAGCCAAUGCGACAGCCGGUCCAUCGGAAGGGCCAAAUCGACAGUUAUCAGUAAUUGCGGGUGCACCAUCAACGGUCCCCGGAUCAGAAAAUGGUUUCAGCAGCGCAGAAGCACAGAUUCCACCUCUAUCUAGCACUUCGCGAGAUGCGCCUCUCGCAUCAAUGGAGCUUCCAUCGUCCCUAGAUUACCUAGCUGACAUUUCAGCCCACCAUGGCCGCACCGAGCCAGAUCUCGGCGUGAUGAUGGACGACCAGCAGCAGUACUUCGGAUGGAAUGCAGUCACGGCUGCAGAUCAGGUGUCACAUCGAGCCGACUUACCCUUUGGUCCUGGGCCAAAAGACAUGCUGCAAAUGUGGCUUGAACCUCGCACGGAUUCAGGGUCAAAUGACUCGCUAGAUUUGAUACGCGAUAGCCAUUUCCCUUUAAUGGGCGGCAAUUUGAUGAUUGCUCCAGACCGACAGAAUCAACAUUCAGUCGACGGCAGCGAUAACAUUCCCAAUGAACGCUUUGCUAAGGUCCAGCAGUGCUGGCUAACACCACCGAACACUGGGCGCCUUAUCAACAGCUUAUGGCGGGAUAUCGCCAUGUCGCCUGUUGAUAAUAUCCUCUCGGUUCAGUCAUCACACUUUCCUAGAGAGUCAAAUUUCGUUCAAGGAUCGCGGUGUGGAUUCGACGAGGAUUGCAGACAGCGACUGCAGGCAGCUUUUGGGCCGACGACUGUUUCUGGGCAUAUGCAAUCCCCCAUAAAUAGGAAUAUCGCUCCAGACACGCCUGCCUCGAGCUUGAAUCAUUCUGAUUUCCCUCCUGCUGAGAUCUUGGAUAUGGCACUGGAUUUAUUUUUCCGCAUCUUUAAUCCCCUCUUGCCGUUCGUCCAUCAGCCGACAUUUUCGGCAAAGAAGGCGCGACCAUCUCUCCUAUAUGUCAUGACACUGGUUGGUAUGACAUUGCUUGGCACCAAAGGAACAACUGCGUUUGUGUCCAGAAAUUUCUCGGGCGCUUUGGACAAGGUCACAGCUGAAUUUUCUCGAUGCUCAAUGGGACUUGAGAGCGCUUUCGGCACUAUGACAUUAUUUGCGACAGUUUUGCUUUUAUUAAACCUGGCUGGUUUGACCGGGGAAAAGGUACAUCUGGAACAGUGUCAGCCUCUUUAUAUCAACGUCAUGUCUGUCGCUCAAAGACAUGGGUUGUUUUCAGCCACUGAGGGGCAAAUCCUUGACAUGACUCUGUUCGAGACAGUUUCCGAUAUUGAGCUGAGAUGGAAAGCCUGGAGCAAGGUCGAAUCAACCAAGAGAGUAAUCAUAGGACUACUGCUCCUGGACUCUUGGUACUCUUCGUUCCUCUCAACCGGCCCAAUCGCAGUCCCAGAUUCGAUCCAACUCAUCCUCCCCUGCAGCGAAUCUCUCUUCAGCGCCCAAUCCCCCGCCCAAUGGACACACCUAAUCCGCAACGGCAAGCGCAUCCUCUCCUCAACAAUCCUCGCCCCAUCCGAAAACAUCAACGUCCCCGCCCUAGAAGCCCCCGCAGAUGACUUCUGCAUACAAGUAGUACUAGCAAUAGUUCAACUUCGCCAGUCGGAAUCCUACCACCGCCUCCUCUCCAAUAGAGCCAGCUACCCCUUUGCUCCAUGUCACACCUACGCCAUGGAUGGCCGAGCCAGGUGUCUCCCCUCCCUCCAAUCCCAGCUCAUCAUAAACUACGGCGAAACCCUUGACCGGCUAAACCCCAACGCUCUCAUCACAUGGCACAACAUGUGCAUGACUCUCACAGCCGAUAUCCAAAUAUUCGACCUCGCAGCUGGCCGUGCAGGUCCAGCUCCCGCGCGCAAGGCCCUCGACGAUAUCCGCGAGUGGUCACAGACACCUGCAGCCAGACGCGCGUGUCUGCACGCUGCGCAUAUCUACAAAGUCAUGACAAAUCGCAAAGCAUCCGACCACCCCACGUUCCAAUCUAUGUUUUCGCUUUUUUCGGCCGGAUUAGUGCUCGGUCUGUAUACGUUCAUGGUGUCGGAAUCUGCGAGUUCGCCGUCUAGUGCCGGGUCAGUGGAGUUGAUGGAUGAUGUCGACUGGAGAGAGGUGGGCACGGAGGGGUUCACGAGUUUCAUGGAGCCUAGUGGAAGUCAGACUCUCGCCCCGAUGGAUGAUUCUACUGUUAAUUUCAUUCGCCAUGGGGCUUCUAUCUACUUGCGAGGACUGCCGUUGCAUGGUGGGUAUCAGUCUGCGCGUCGGAUCAUGCUUGAUUAUGCCUCUCUCCUCAAGGACUCUGGGAAGUGGAAUGUCAAGAAGUUCUCUUAUAUUUUAUACAUAAUGAGUGAUGUUCUUAUGGAUGUCGAAUGA